UAGCAAGGAUUAUGGUAAGUCACAGAAUAAAGAAUGAUCCAGAAUGAGUCUUUACAAGCUGCGUGGUGAAUAUAAGGUAUUUAAAAAUCAAUUGUCAUUAUAUUUUUUUAAUAAUUACCUAUUUUUUUUUAAUUCCGUCACUGUUAUGUAACAGAUUAGUUAUCCCGCCAAUUUAUGUCGACUUUUCAAAUUUAAUUUAGGGAACUCAACGCGUUAUUGUUGGGGCUUAUUCUGAUUAAGAAGUUUGCGCUAAGUUUACACUGGCUGUUGAAACUCACAUGGCCGUAGCAUUUUUUUUUAUAAUUACUUUAUUUUUUACGUAAAACUUUUCCUUAAGAACUUCAUUGACGUCUGAACAGGCUGUAUGGUCAACAAUCUUUGCCUGUCCCCGAAUUUAGUUGGGGAUAAAUUAAAAAAAAAAAAAACAACUUCACAGCUGAUGACAGCAGUUCUAAUUUUAAAAUUCAUUCCGACCCUUAGGUGGGAAGUAAUUUGUAUGAGUUAUACCCUCCCUAUGGAGGGAAGCAUUUUCCACCCAAUGCUCAGAUCAAAACAACACUACUUUCCGAGUAUGAGAAAUGAAAAGAAUAUUACAUAGUUACAUACAUACAAGGUACUCAGUGGCGUGCACAGGGUUGUCGAUCAGGGUGUGCACUAGUAAGAAAAAUUAGUGAAAAUGGGAAUAUUUUUAUAUAUUGACUAUUAAGAAAAACAUAUAUUAGGGUACGCAGAACUUUGAUGCAUAUAUGAAGUGCACGCCACUGAAGAUACUACCUUCUAGUCUAGUAAAAAUAUUACUAGUACACAGCAGUGAUAGCCUAGUGGAUAUGACCUCUGCCUCCGAUUCCGGAGGGUGUGGGAUCGAAUCCGGUCCGGGGCAUGCACCUCCAACUUUUCAGUUGUGUGCAUUUUAAGAAAUUAAAUAUCACGUGUCUCAAUCGGUGAAGGAAAACAUCGUGAGGAAACCUGCAUACCAGAGAAUUAUCUUCGUUCUCUGCGUGUGUGAAGUCUGCCAAUCCGCAUUGGCCCAGCGCGGUGGACUAUUGGCCUAACCCCUCUCAUUCUGAGAGGAGACUCGAGCUCAGCAGUGAGCCGAAUGUGGGUUGAUGACGACGAAAAAUAUUACCUAUUACUACAGAUUUGCACUCCCAAGAAAUCAUAUCGACGACUUUGUCCCGAAUACAAGAAACUUUUUGUGUCAAAUUCUUUCAAAGUUCCUCCGACUUCAAUACUACAGCGAAAUACAAGAUUCUGUACAUAAGCAAUCCACACAAGCGGAAGACUUGUUCACCAAAUGUUUACGAUUUUAAUAGCACCGUUGUGGUAAGUUCCAUCUGUAACUUUUAAGUUCCAUCUGUGACUUUUAAGUUCCAUCUGUAACUUUUAAGUUCCAUCUGUGACUUUUAAGUUCCAUCUGUAACUUUUAAGUUCCAUCUGUAACUUUGAAGUUCCAUCUGUAACUUUUAAGUCGGUAAGUAAGCGGUCGUACCGGUAAUGAUCGUUAGUGUUACUUUGUGUAUCUGCCGUCCUUGACACGUAAAGCUUAGAACCUGCUCUAAGGCUACGGCUUCUCCGUCAGAAGUGGAGUUUAGUCUUAGACGGAUAUGACGUCGUGUUGGCUUGUGCAGACGCUAGGUGGCGCGACUUGUUUCCGUAAACAUUAGGGAGUUAGGGAGGGGUAGCGAUCGGUUGGCGAGAACGGGUGGUAGAAUCUUUAGAAAUAGUCAACUGACGUGUCAAAUGUGCUUGUAAACUUGAAAUAAAUGAAUUUUGACUUGUACAGGACAUGACUAUAGGAUACAAAUGUUUGAAUCCAAGAGAUGUAGCCAGGAUUGUGACAGCGAUGCUGAGAGCAGGCGUUGAUUCUACCAGCAGUGUUGCAAAUAGCUACGACUUGGUAGACAGAUAUGAGAAGGAGCCAACAAAAUCGCUCAUAACAACCGAAGAAAGCAAAUACAUCAAUUCGCUUUACAAGACUGAGUGUGGACUACUAACUCGUAAAGUUUCUCCAUCUAGAAGAGCAAUGAAUAUUGAAGACUCGAUUCAAUUUAGUGCUGACAAUUUGAAAUACUAUAGUGACAAAUUGUGGCCCUUGGGGAUAGUUUUGUAUGGUGUUGAUAAGAAAUUAGUAAACACAGAAGACUUCAAUGCUCUAAAACGCGCUAUGAACACAAUACAACAGUCUACGUGUGUAGUUUUCCAGGAAAUUGUGUUAGACGAUGUUUUGUUGCCAAAGAGUUACGUAUGGUUUGAGGAAGACGGGGAAGACAUGCCAGAGUUGGGAUUCGUUGAAGGAAAGCAAUCUAUAAAGCUAUCGUCUCUGGUCGUGGGCGCUGCUGGGCACACCGCCCACGUUGUCAACAAUCUACUACGAGUCAUGGGCGUGCCCAUGAUGUCCAACCGUUUCGAUCGGGAUAACUACGUCAUAAUCCACUGGAGCAAUGUUGAAACAGGCAAGGAGCGCUAUCUGGAAAAGGAUCCCGAAGACGCGUGGUUCAGCCAUAUACCCUACGACUUUGACAGCGUCACCCACGCGCCAGCCAACUAUAUGUGUUCUCACUGCGAGCUGGGCCAGCUCACUGUGCAACCUAUACAGGACAAGUUAUGGCAACGCACGUUGUCUAUGGGACACACGACAAAGUUGAGCGAAUCGGAUGUAAAACUUGUCAACAUGUUGUAUGGUGCAAAAUGUUCUGUAAAUUAAAAAAAUAAAUAACUUAAUACAAACACUUCCCCUUUAUUGUAAAUAAUAAAAGUUGGCCCUUGACAACAAUCUCACCUGAUGGUAAGUGAUGAUGCAGACUAAGAUGGAAGCGGGCUAACUUGUUAGCCACGGCCGAAGCCUCCCACCAAGACCUGGACCAAUUAAGAAAAUCUCAAUCUGCCCAGCCGGGGAUCGAUCCCAGGA